AUGAUGCUCUUGCUGAAGAAGGCCAUCAAGCCCCUGCACCGGCCCAAAGCGUUGGUCGAAAUCGCACAGCUGUGGCAGGCAGGAGAGAAGCGCGGAUUGGCUGCGGACUUUUCGGUCGCAACGCAUACGUCGAUCGCGGGAAACGCACUGCGAAGAGAUUCACAGUCAAACAUUCAUGAAUGCAUGACGAACCGAUGGAAGUUGCCAGGGGCGACCUGGGGAAACAAAGCCCUGAUCGCUCCUGGGCCCCCAAUGCACCGCGUUCUCCUCAUCAACGAGAUUCUCCACAACAUCGCUGAGCAAAGCACCCGCCGCGAUUCCUUGUGCAAGCGUACGAAACAAAGCCAAGGGGAUAGAGGUAGCAAAGUGGUUUUUAAACUGCGCCGUAUCUUCACCCCUCCGGACUGGAUGGUCCUUGUAGACCAUGCUAAACAUGUUGUAACCCUUCAGUUCUUGCACCGACGUCAUGAGGAUAUUGACAUCGACUUCUUCCGUUCCAUGGCCUACCCUCCCAUUGCCGGUGCCCUGUUCCCUAAGCUGAAACAAGCGACCUGGAAUGACGGCCGUCUUGCGGCCUUUCCGUUUCUACGCAUUCUCUUAAGCCCAUCCAUCACCUCGCUAUCAAUUACCGGGAAUAUAGAACUUGACAUGCAAAACUCGGCCAUUCUUGCUUCACUUGGGAGCAUAUGUCCCGCUUUAAAAAGGCUAUAUUUCUUCCCUCAUAAAGCGUUGAGCAGCAGGGCUCCUAUCUCGGCCCUCUCACAGGCUGUCACUUUGUGGAGCCAGUUGCGAGAGUUAGACUGUGGCCCCCUCAAUGAAGAAGCCAUACGCCACCUUGCCAGUCUAUCGUCUCUUCGUAGUCUAGAAUUCUAUCUUUCGGGUUCCAUAGCCGCUGCACUGGCCAAAUCACCGUUACACGAUGACUCUUUCGACGGCUUGAACUACUUGGCUAUAGAUGACUCGCGAGGUUUUGAGGCCACCGCCAAGCUGCUAAAGACCGUUCGCCUGCAAUCUGCUACCCUGUCCUUCCACUCAGCUCCAUUCGAUGUCGGUAUAACUAGUCUCUGUCAAGCCUUGGUGAAGAAUUGCAACAAGGAUACUUUGAAGGACCUUACGAUAAAAGAAGGGCGUGGUGGACGAGACGAGUCUCUAGAAUAUCAAAUAUCCUACCAGACUUUGAGACCUCUAUUCUGUUACCGACAUUUACACUCACUUACCAUCGAUACCUCGCGGAGCACAACACUUGACGACGUUGCCCUCCUCAACAUAGGCAAAGCAUGGCCGCAGCUCUCCUUCCUGCACAUCAACCCCCAAUCAGGCUGGAUCAUUCCCUCCAAUGUGACACUUAAAGGGCUAGCAUCACUGCUGGGCCUCUGCCCUAAGCUGGAGAACCUUGCUCUCGCUAUCAAAACUGACAACAAUGACGAUGGCGAUGAUGACGACCGCGCCAGCAACUACAUCACGAGCCGUCUCGAUACAUUGAACGUGCUCGACUCAGAACUGGCUACUGAUGAUGUCCUCGAGGUAGCUUCGUUCAUGUCCGAUGUUGUCCCAAACCUGGGCUGCUUGAUUGCUUGGGACGGCAUGCUGAUUGACGAAGAAGAUGCGGACGAUUACAGGCACCGGUGGGACCAGGCAUUUGAAGCCAUGGGGGCGUUCGUGCGUGCGAGGAAGAUGGAGCGGAAGAGGUGGACAGGCCGAACUUCACCUACUGUUGGCGAGCUGGUCGUAUCGGACGAUGAAGAAGGGUCACAAGGAGACUCUCUGGCCGGAUCCUUAGCAGACACAAGCUCAUCGGGAGACCACGACUAAUCAAUCAACGAGCCGACAUGAUGUGCUUUUCUCUUAGAAGUUGCUAUAAGAAGGAAAGAUCGCUUUUGCUACCAUCCAUGCGCAUAUAUCGAAUGAUACUUCGUCACCAUGAUUUGAGUGCAGUUCUUCUCUUGUCGAGCCCCUUUUGCUAUCAUGUAUGCCGUGCAUACCAUAUGACUCCUCGGCGUCGGCGAAAUCUCUUACUGUGAACCUCAG